UUUCUCUUCCUCACGAAUUGGAGCCUCAAGUUGGAGGUUCACCCUCCGCCAUGACCUCCAACUGCUCCAGCACCACUUACGAGCACCUGUUCCGCUCUCUAGCGCGUCAUUCGCGUCUGUUCCCAUUGCGCAGCUCCGAUGUAACGUUAUUGGCCACCCCCACAGACUUCUACCAGCAGCUAGUGCACAAUAUACAGCUCGCAGAGACACGAAUCUCCAUCUCCUCGCUGUAUCUCGGCACGGGUCAAUUGGAGAGCGAUUUGGUGGACGCACUAGCCGCGAGACUAAAAGAACGACCGCAGCUCCAGGUGCAGAUCGUACUGGACUAUUCUCGCGGCCAACGCGGCGGUGUCACGGCCAGUUCCGUCACCAUGUUAGCUCCAUUAUUGAAGCAAUUUCCGAACAACGUGGAGCUAUUUCUAUUCCGCGUACCACAACUCUCAGGACUCAAAGCCAAACUACCUCCGCCAUUUAAUGAGACGCUGGGCGUCUCUCACGCUAAAGUGUAUUUAGUGGACGACACUCUCGUGCUUAGUGGCGCAAAUUUGAGCAACGAUUACUUCACCAAUAGACAGGAUCGAUACGUGCAAUUGACAAACUGCGGGGCGUUGGCACAGUUCUACCAUCAGUUCGUACAACUGGUUACCGGUUUUUCGUACAGAGUCAAACUGGAAUCGUUGACAUCCGCCAAGAGCGACUACAAGUUGUUGGCACCUCAACUGGCUCACGACUCGGAGGCCGCAAAGACGGCAAUGCGACGCGAUCUCGAGAAGCUAGUGGACCCAAGUCAGUAUCAGCAAGAUAAAGACGACGCACGCACCGAUGCGUGGGCGUUUCCAACGCUGCAAUUUACACCAAUCUCCAUGGACCACGAUGAGCGUGUGCUAAGUGAGUUUGUGCGGCAAUUACCGCGUGGUUCGCAGCUCCAAAUUGCGUCGGGAUACUUGAAUUUUCCUCCGUUUCUAAGUGGAUUAUUGGAACACUGUCAAGCUGGUUUAGACGUGAUUUCUGCUGCCCCACGAGCGAACGGCUUCUACGACGCACGUGGCGUGAAAGGAGCGUUGCCUAUGGCUUAUUCUCUGAUCGAGCAAGACUUUUUUGAACGCACUAUUAGCCGUGAGUAUCCAACAGUGCUACGGGAAUUCAACCGACCAAACUGGACUUUUCACGGUAAAGGCAUGUGGUGGAGACCUCCGUCUGAUGGACGCUCGUCAGCACGCGGUCUUCCUCAGCUUACAGUCGUUGGCAGCUCCAACUUUGGACAGCGGUCUUAUGGCUGCGACCUGGAGUCGAACUUGGUGUUGUUCACACGAAACUCGGAGCUGCAGCAUCGACUGCAAGACGAGUAUGACGCGCUCACUCGUGACGCUGAAGUCGUGACGGAGCAGCUCUGGCGACGACCUGAGCGCAUGUUGCACGGGCUUUUCAGCUGGAAAGAUGGCCACUGGAUUCGACCGGUGUCCAAGUUUAUUGCCGCAUACCUCUAA